AUGGACAAAUUUAAGGCUGCUCUGCUCCUGGGAGGUGUGGGGGAUGCUCUUGGGUACAGGAACAUCAGCCGGGAAAACAGUGUUUUAGGCCCCAAGAUCCAGGAGGAAUUGAAAGAACUUGGAGGACUAGACAAACUCGUGCUUUCAGCAGAAAAAUGGCCAGUCAGUGACAACACCUUCAUGCACGUGGCAACAGCAGAGGCUCUCACCACAGGUUCAGGAUUUGGAGCUGCCACCAAAGCCAUGUCCAUCGGUAUGAGAUAUUGGAAGCCUGAGAGAUUGGAGACACUCAUUGAAGUGAGCAUUGAGUGUGGGCGAAUGACCCACAAUCAUCCAACAGGUUUCCUGGGGUCCCUAUGCACAGCCCUCUUUGUUUCUUAUGCCAUCCAAGGAAAGCCACUUGUGCAGUGGGGGAGAGAUAUGAUGAAGGUGGUGCCAAUGGCUGAAGAAUUCUGUAAAAAGACAAUUCGACAUAUGGCAGAAUACCAAGAACACUGGUUUUACUUUGAAGCCAAGUGGCAGUUUUAUUUGGAGGAGAGAAAAAUUGCUGAAGACCAAGAUAAUAAACCCACUUUUCCUGAUCAUUAUGAUGCAGAGGAGAGAGAUAAGACUUACAGAAAAUGGAGUUCAGAAGGUCGAGGUGGAAGAAGGGGCCAUGAUGCACCAAUGAUUGCAUAUGACGCUCUUCUGGGAGCAGGGGACAACUGGGCAGAGCUCUGUAACCGGGCCAUGUUUCAUGGAGGUGAGAGCGCAGCUACUGGGUCUAUUGCUGGAUGUAUAUAUGGCUUGCUCUACGGCCUGAACAAUAUUCCCAAAGGCUUGUACCAGGACCUGGAACACAAAGAGAAGCUUGAGAAUUUGGGCGAAGCACUAUACCGCAUAUCCACAGAAGAAAAGUAA